CUGGUGGCGUCAUGAUCGAGUUGCCAUGGCGCUGCUGAACAGUCUGGCUUCCUCGCUGGAGUCCUACAGGGGCCGGGACCGCCUGAUCCGGACACUGGGCUAUUGCUGCCAGCUCGUCGGUGGGGUCCUAGUGGAACAAUGUCCCAGCAGGUCUGACGUGGGAAGGCGCUUGCUGGUGGUGUCAGCCCAGCUCAGCCAUUGCAGGACUGUCUUGCGACUCUUUGAUGACCCGGCCAUGUUUGUCUACACUAAACAGUAUGGCCUGGGGACAGAGGAGGAGGACAUCUUCAUCCGAUGGCUGUCUGUCCUAAGUAACAUGGCUGACCAGCUGUACUACCCGUGUGAGCAUGUCGCCUGGGCUGCUGAUGCCAAGGUCCUGCAGGUGGACUCGGCUCGGUGGUGGACACUGAGCACAGCCCUCUGGGUUCUCUCUCUACUCCUUGGAGUUGUCAGGUCCCUGUGGAUAGUACUGAAGCUAAGACAGAAGCUGUGGAGCCUCACAGGCCCCUUCACCAGCCAGCUGCCCAGGAGCAAGAGGAGGGCCAUGGAGGCGAGGAUGUGGUCAGAGGUUUUAACUCUACUCAGCAACCUGGCUGACCUGGCAAACGCCGUGCACUGGCUGCCCCAAGGUGUCCUGUGGGCUGGCCGUUUCCCUCCUUGGCUGGUGGGCCUCAUGGGUACCAUCUCCUCCCUCCUCAGCAUGUAUCAGGCUGCCAGGGCUGGCGGCACAGCUGGGGCAGACAGCUCUGGGUGAGGCCCUGGAGUGGCAGGUGGAGGACGCUGUGGGGCUCCACAGAGGGCUCAGAUUCCCAGAGUGGGAACUGCUGGCCAGGGUGGGAAGAGGGCUGGUAGAUCUCAGGUCCCACCUAGGGCCUCAGGGGAUGCUGCUUCUCUGGGGAGUGAGGGACACAUGAGGACCCCAGGACUCCCAGAGCCAAGGCCAGGCUCUCGAAGUCCCAGGACUCUGCUAGAACCUCCCACUCACUGGCUUACCUGAAGGUGAGUGGGAGAGACAUGCCACGCCUUGGGUCGGGCUUUGGGGAAGCUGGAAUACUGGAGUGUCUAUUAAACAUCUUGGUAUGGUGCCA